AUGUACCAGACUUCUGCCAAUGCAUCACCAUUCGAGCAAAUUUUCCAGCUUGGUUCUGCUGCUGUCAUUAUACUCGAACACUCUUUCUACGUUUUCGACCAGCGACGCCAUCUUCAGGACCAGCAACAAUCUGUUCCCUCUGUUCAUGUCGCUCUCGAGCGGUACAUGGCGUCUCCGCAUGCAAUUGCUGUCCGGAAUGCUGUGAACACUGCCGUUCACGCAUAUCAAGAAGCUGUGAGCGCUGCCGUGUAUACAUCUCAAGGAAACUCGUCUACUUGGAUGGCGAAAUUACCGUUUGAAUACUUCCAGAGGAAGGCAAAACGAGCUCAGGCGAAGGCAGAGUUGCUCCAGAGAAUUCUUGAAAUCACACUACAGUAUCGCCUGCCGAGGCCUUAA